AUGCAGAUUCUCUCGACCUGGAUGCUGCUGGCUUCGGCCGCUCUGGGUGCUCUCGCCGCCGAAGAGCUCAAGAUCGAUGUCACCGUGCCUGUCGAGUGUGACCGCAAGACCCAGUCCGGCGACAAGGUGCAGAUGCACUACAGAGGUACCCUUGCCGCCGACGGCAAGCAGUUCGAUGCCAAAUGGGCUCCGUGGCUUAUCACGAGCUACGACUGGAUCCCAGAGAUGCUGACCAUUGCUCUGCCAGGCUACGAUCGAGGAACACCUUUCAGCUUCAAGCUUGGCUCCGGCCAGGUCAUCAAGGGAUGGGACGAGGGCCUUUUGGACAUGUGUAUCGGCGAGAAGAGAACCCUUACAAUCCCUCCCGAGAAGGGCUACGGCCAGCGUGGAAUGGGCCCAAUUCCAGCCGGUAGCACACUCAUCUUCGAGACCGAGUUGCUUGGCAUCGACGGUGUGCCUAAGCCCGAGUCGAUUAUCCUGAAGACCAGCACAUCAUCCGAGGCUCCUGCCGAGACUGCUAAGAACUUUGGCGAGAAGGUUGCCGAGAAGUUUGCUGAGGCCACGGAAGCUGCCAAGACCAUGUUGAGGGAUACCAUGAAGGACACCGACGAUGCUGAGCACGUCGAGCUGUAA